GCUAGCGUCGCCACAUGGUUCAUUUUCAUUACGUUCGAUUACGUUUCUUCCCGCUUCCGUUUCCCGAAGCUUGUGUAGGAAUAAAUAAUUCCAGACUGCCCAGAAGAUGGCCAAGUCCAAGAAUCACACAAAUCAUAAUCAGAACAGGAAGGCACAUCGAAAUGGUAUCAAAAAGCCUAAGAGAUACAGGCACGAGAGUACACUCGGCAUGGAUUUGAAAUUCUUGAGGAACCAACGCUUUGCGAAGAAACAUAACCUGAAACCGAAGGCCCAGUUGAAGAGGGCAGAGCAACGGAAGGCUCUUCGUGAAGUUAAAAAUAAAGAAACAAAAUAAAUAAAUUCAGUAUAAACUAAUGACUUUAUCAAAAUAAAUUGAAAAAAACA